AUGACAGAUGUGCGAUACUUGAGAAGCGUAUUUAUUUGCCGAUGAACAGAGGAUCGAUCAGUUUCAAGUGUACGGCGUGAGAGGAAGAGGAAGUAGAGUAAGUCCGCAACAAAAAGUACAAAGUGUCGAAUGAAUGUGUUACUCGAGGUAACGUCGACGAACUCGAUUUCUUGAGAAAGAAGAAAAAAAAGAAAAUUUAUUUCUUCUAAUUAUGACACACUUAUUCGAAUUGAUCGUUUGUUUCGCAGUUUUCUGAUUGAUUUGGAGUUAGCUUUGGAAAAACGAAUAUAUUUCCAGUUGUAAAAUCAUUGAAAAUCGGGGAAUAUAGUCGACGAGUUUUAUCGGUUAUUAGUGGAUACCCGUCCGUAAUUAAUAAAGUUCGAUGACGCCUCGUGCCGAACGAGCGCGGCUCGGUUUCAUUUUCAAACGAGCACGAGGCUGCGUUUCCCGUUCGUUUCUAUCCCCUCCUCCCCCUUGAAUUCUCUGAUACCCUCGGUUAUAGGAUCCUUUCGCCGUAACUUCGCCCAUAGUCGAACGAACUUCCGAACUCGUUUCUCCGGGCUUCAAUUCCGUUUCUCUGUUAGCCAAGCGGGCACGUUGCGUGGGUAUUCCUCCCAGUAUUUUCAAUACGAGCAAACCCGAGAAAAUCGGUGCUCGAGUUUCCUCAAAAAUCUGAUAUACUACGCGUUUGAACAUUCCACUUUUUUAAAUCAUCCAGCUCGUAGUGAAUGAUCAAACUAUUCGUGCAACUUUUUCGCAACUUUUGUAAAAAUAUAGAUAUAUACCUGAGCAUUAUUUUUCGAUAAAUUUAUAAUAUUCGCUACAAAAUUUUCGUAAUUUCUCUACAAUCUUUCCUUCCAAGGAAAUUAUGUCGAUUUGAGUUCGCAAAAUUUUGGAUUCCUUUUUCUUUAUCUUUGUUCUACAAACUUUUUGUUAAAACGAGAAGUCGCUUUCAUUAUCGAAAUUUGCAUGAAAUUUUCAGUGUAUUCGACUGCUUGAAAAUAUUUAUGUUUCUUCGUUAAUUCAGGUUACGUUUCUUUGACACUUUUCCAAUAAUAUCACGCAAACUCUGUCACACUCAAGAGUACUUUCUUUCGGCGAUCAUGACGAAAAGUCACUGAAAAUAUUGCAUGCACAGUGGUUUGUUCGAACCGCAUUGCAAUUUUCCUACUGAAUGAGAUAUUUUUGAAAUCUCUUUCACUCCAUAUUGUCGUUUCCUUCAUCUAAUCACGUCCUCGGGUCCGGAAGGGUUAAAAAAAUCAUUCCGAGUAGUAUGUAAAUUCAAAUUUCUUCCAGACGAGCGUCACUCUAACGCGCUCGGAACACGAUCACGAGCUGAAAACCACGAAGUUCAAGUUGUUCGGCCACGACCCUUGUCCGGGACGUUACUCGACCAGGAAGGAAAAGUACAAGCACAGGAGGAGCGUUCCACGAUUAAUCAGGAUUAGCCAAAGAACCGACCCUUAA